UGCAAAAGAUGGUGAUGGUGUACAGGGUAUACACUUAAAUAUAUACCUAUAUACCCAUAAGCAAGACCAGCAUAAAAAAUAAUAAUGAAAAAAAAUUAAAUAAAAGCCAAAAAGAAAAAUAAAAAUCAUUAAAGAAAGUAAUAGUAAUAAAAUCGAUAAAUUUAAAUCCAGUGAGAAAUUUAAUUAAAUUAAAAAACUGAAGUGGAUUUUUGUUUAUUCCGAUAAAUAAACUAAAAAAAAAACGUUAAAAUUUAUUUGACAUAAUUUUUAUGAUUUAAUUAAGCUACAUAAUAUAUAAUAUUAUAUAUAUGUAUAUACGUAUUAUAUAUUAAUUGUGUAUGUAGUAAAGUAUUUGUGAUUAUUAAAUUUAAAUAACUAGCACUAGAGUAUCGUGAUAAAAAAUAAAGAACAAUUUAAAAUUUUAAAUGUGUCUUCUGUAUGCUGUAUUUUGCUGUAGCUGAUGCAUGGACAACAAGAAGCUCCACCGCGCGAUUAAAAGGCGGCCCCGUGUUCACUCCGAGUAUUACAUAUUUUAUAAAUAAUUCAAGUUGGAGUUUAAAAAAAAAGUGUUGGAUGUAAGAUGAACAUGAACAAUCAUGAGAGGCCAAAAAUUGCCCAGAAAAGUCACAGGGCCAAUGAAGACGGUGCCUUUGACUCGAGAAAAAUAAAAAAAGAAUGCAAUGAGGUUAUUUGUGCCGAUGGAGAUGUCAGUAAAAACUCUAAUAUCUACGAUACUACGACAGGAACAACUACGACGUCUAAUAAUUUAGUAAUUAAUGAUGACAAUUCGACACCAACAUCAAUAACAACACGCGAGCGUAAUUCCGGUUCGCGUUUGUCCAAUGGCUUUCAUCCUGACAUCCAGGAUAUCAUCGCUGCUAAAUUGUCAACCUCAAAUUCUCAUGGAUUAUCAUUGUCAGCUAAAAAUGAUAAGAUUCGACAUCUCAUUGAGGACAGUAUCAGCGAGGAAUCAAAAUUGCGUGUUCAAGAAAUUUAUCUACAAGUUGAUCAGCUAAAAAUAGAUGAGAAAUUAUUACUGUACCUGAAAUUACCAGCGUCAUUGACGAAUCCUGGUGGUACGGUCGAUCCAUUGAGACAGCCGUUAAAUCCUCUCGGUAAUCGGUAUGAAAUUCAUCAAACGAUAAUGUGGAUUAAAACGCAUCUAGAAGAAGAUCCUGACGUUUCUUUACCCAAACAAGAAGUUUAUGACGAAUACAACAUUUUUUGUAUAAAAAAUCUAAUGAAACCUCUGUCGACUGCUGAUUUUGGUAAAGUUAUGAAACAAGUUUACCCGCGAGUACGACCACGAAGACUCGGUACUCGCGGUAAUUCACGUUAUUGUUAUGCUGGGAUGAGAAAACGAGUCAAACUUGACACUCCAACACUUCCUUCAAUCAUUGGUGUCACGGAUGAAGAUGAUUCUGAAGAAUCAUUGACUGAAGAAAUGCUUGGAGCAGCGUCAAUUUUAAUUCGCGAAUGGGCUGAAAGUACACUAGGUCAUAAAUUUUCAUCAUUAAGCGGCUUGGCGCGUCAUUUAGUUGACAAUCUGUGUGUCGAUACUCGAUCGUUGGCUGCUGUUUGUAUUCUCAGUGCCUCAGUGGAUGUUGAAAAUUCAUCAAACAAAAUUUUAGAGACACCUCUCAAGUCAUCAACACCAAUCGGUGGUAAAUCUGGAAAAUUACGCGAAGCUCAAAUACAGUUACAAAAAAAACUUCAACAACGGGAUCAAAAAAGUCGAAACUCCGAGGCGAUUGUAAAUCAGCCAAAGGAAAGUAAUAAUGGGGGUAGUGAAAUUGUUAAAAAUUCAGUAGGUAAAUCGUAUAAAAAAAGUAGAACUAGUUUGUCUCAAUCACCACAAACUACAAAUUCAACGGCAACUGUACCAAUUAAAUCAUCAUCAUCAUCAUCAUCAUUAAUUACAAAUCGGUCUAGAAAAUUAUCAAGGUCUUGUAGUCAGACUAGUACGAUAUCACCACAACUGAACUGUGAUAAUUCAGCCGGGCGUACGUCUGUCGAGCCUUUAAAUGGAUCUUCAAAUGCCAGAUCUUGCACGAGUACGCCCAAUGACUCAAUUACCUCACGAGAUAAUAUUUUAACAGCAACAACAAAUAAAAAUUCACGGAAGCGUGUUAGUCUAGAUCAAGCGCGUCCAAGUAAUGAAACGAGCCCAGAAAAACAAGCGAAGCUUGACGGUGAUAGCAAAAAUAACGAUGAUUCAAAACUGUCCCUAUCGUCAAAAUUGAAGCAACAAAAUUCAAAUCAGCAACGUGCUAAUAAAGUAACAGUUGUGUCACCAGGUAAUUUAAAAUUUAAAAAACUCGAUAUUACUGACGAUAACAAUGUUAUAAAAAUAGUUAAAUGCCGUGAUAAUAAUAAUAUACUUAUAGAUAAUAAUCGUAUUAUAAAAUCUAAUGGUCGUUCUAGUGUUUAUGAUAAAAGUAUAAUAACUCCUGUUAUUGUUGACGAUACUACAAGUAUUUUAAUAAAAGAUCAAAUAUCUACUUUACAAGAUAGUAAUAGUAAUACUACUGAUACUGAUAAUUUUAUAGAUAAUAAUAAAAAUGAUAAACUGACUACUAUUGAUACCGACGCACUUGAUGAUUAUUUAAACGGUGGUAAUAAUUCUCAAGAACCUGAAGAAGAAUUACUACAAUAUUUCAAACAAUCAAGUUCAUCAAGUUCUGAUAAUGAUAUUACCUCAUUGUCAUUAAUUAAUAAUUGUAAUAGUACUAUUACCACUGCUUGUACCAAUACCGCUAUUAUCAAUACCACUAAUUCAAAUAUUGUUACAACUGAUGUUGAUCAAACAUCAAGAUCUGAUAAAGUAUCACAGCUACGUUUAAUAUUACAACAGAAUCUCAAAGAUGGUACAAUUAAAACAACGGAUAUUAUUAAAAAACAAAAUAAUAAUGAUAAUAUUAAUCAUAUUAAUAAUAAUAAUAAUAAUAGUAAUAAUAAUAAUAAUAAUAAUAAUAAUCAGAUAGGAAAACGUCAAGUACAAAAAAAUGAUAUUAUAUUACCAACAUUAUUAAAUAAUCAGAAUAAUAAUACUAAUAAUAAUACUAAUACUAAUAAUAAUAAUAAUACUAAUAAUAAUAAUAAUAAUAAUUCACGUAGACGAGUUAGCUUUGAGACAAAUGUUAUUGAACAUAAUUCUCAGCUAAUAAAUAAUAAUAUACCAACAAUAAAUCCAGUACCACCAAGUCCAAAUACACGUCGUCAUAUAUUUAAUUUUACUCCAAUAUCACCAGGACCUCAUUCACCAAUAAACGGACGUGCAUCAAAACCUAAUUCAGCAAAUGCUAGUCCUUUUGUAUCACCACGUAAUACACCAGUACCACGAUCAAGAAGCAAUAUAGCUAAUGUAUAUAGAUCAUCACGUAAUAAUUUAAAAUCAUAUUCACGGUCAAAUUCAUGUAGUGCAACAUAUAUUUGUAAAAAUAAUACCGAUAAUACUGAUACGUUUCUCGUACCAACGAGUAGCAAUGAAACAAUUAAAUUGUCACCAUCAUUGUCAUCAGCAUCAGUACCAGCGACAACAACAGCAACAAUAUUGGGGUGUAAUAAAACAACUCAAGUACAAGUUUGUGGUAAUAUUGGAUCAAUAACAUUGGGACCAGAUGAUAAUAAAUCAACAUUAGUGUGUACAUCAUUAUUAUCAGAUGUUAAUCCACAAAAACAAUUACUUAUUAAUUAUCCAAGUCAGGAAAAUUUAUUAGAAAUUAAAAAUAUAAAUAAUAAUAAUAAAUCUACGACGACACCGCCAGCAGCUGCUGGGAUACUGACUAGCAAACCAGCAGAUCAAGAAAUAAGUGAAUUAUUAUUGAAUAGUGUAAAACAAUACAAUUAUAAUAAUAGUGAUAAUUAUUAUCGUUCGCAGUCAGUACCAUUGCAUCGUAUGUUUAAUCCAACGCUAGUGUCACCGAUAUCAAUGCAAUUUUUUUCAAACAACAACAGCUUCAAUCCAUCGACAAGUAGUUCUGUUGUACAUACACCGGUACCCAGUGAGUAUGAUGAUUUUGGUUCAAUAACUGGACAGUCAGAUAGUUAUUUGUUGGACCAAGUUGAUGCUAAUUUUAUAAAUGAUGAUCAGUCAUUCCUCAUUGAAGACAAAGCAAUAUCAUCCGAAAAUAUAAACAAAAUAUUUGAUUUCUUCGACGAGGACAAUGACAAAGAUUUGAAUAAUAUUCUAAAUCAACAAAACAAUGACGCUGAGGAUGAUGAUGACGACUAUGAAGAAGACGAUGAUGAUCAUAAUCACCAUCAUGAUGAUACCAAUUUAAUUAUACUCAACUCGUUAUCAAGUGCUGCUAAUAUGGGCAUGCAGGAGACGAUGCUCGAUCCUUCGACAUUGAACCCUUCGUCUAUUGAUCCGUUUGAAAAAAUAAUAAUACACCAGCAACAGUCUAGAUCGUAUCCUAAUACACCACUGCCUAAUUCUGUAACGACAGCAACUACGUCAACGUCAACAGCAACAACGACCCCACCACCAGCAGCAAUAACGGCAUCUUAUCAUCAGUCAUUCACGGAAGACAGCAAUGGACCACGUUCUUAUCCGCCAACACCUUCGUCGCAUCUUAUAGGGUCUCAAGAUGUUUAUCAAGAAACAAAUGAACCGAUGCUGUCAAGUCCGACAUUGAAUUCAUUAAAUUUACAUGUUACUGAGCAUGGUAACAAUGAUCCAACGGAUAACGUUUGUAGAAAUGUUAGCGAUUUAUUAGAAACAAAUUUUCUUACUGACGGGGACGAUGACGAUGGACUUGAUCCGCUAAGUAAUUUUGAUGGGUUGCAAGAUGUUGAUUCAUUAGCACCGUUAUUUAAUGAAGUAUCUGAUACUAAUCGUUGAUUGAUUAAUUUUAGUUAUUAUUAUUAUUAUUAAACAUUAAAUAUUUAAAUAAUAGAUAACGAUUAUCAACAAAUUAACGAUUUUAAAUCGUUUUAGUUAAGCAGGCUGUGGCGCAAUAUAUACCAGUGGCUUUUUUAUUUUUUACUUCUAUUAGUUUUAUUUCAUUUUUCAUCCAAUCACUUGAAUUAACAAAAUGUGAUAAUUUCACGUUUUAAGAUUCUGCAUUUACUGUACGUUUGAUUUUAAUGACAUUCUCAGGUAGUGUCCACCCCAUACUUUUUAAAAAUUGUAUAAGAAUUUUAUCAAUUCAUUGGAAAAAAGUUUAAUCGUUAAUUGAAAAAAGGACGACGUAGUUGAACUUUUCUCAGAGAGAGAAUGAGCCAGAAGUCUCUGCCACUACUGAACAUUUCUGAACUGCGCAUGUGUAAAGAAAAAUGGGAGAAUAUUUAGUACAUAGAACACCCAGAGUGGGGGUAAAACCCGAAAAUACCCGAGGUGCACUCAUAAUUUAAAAUGUCAAAUUUUGUCUGCUAAAAUUUAAUUAAAAAAUUGCAUUUAAUUCCUAAUUGGUUACAAUUGCGAGUAAUUUUUUUUUUAAAUCUAUUUUUCGACGGAAGUGUACAAUUGUCUCAUCAAGUGAGUGUACCUCGGGUGUUUUCGGUUUUUGCCCCCACUUUAGGUGUUCUAGGUACUAAAUCUCCCACUUUUCUUUACACAUGCGCAGUUCAGAAAUGUUCAGUAGUGGGAGAGACUUCUGAUUCAUUCUCUCUCUGGGAGAAGUUCAACUGCGUUGUCUUUUUUCAAUUAAUUGAUUAAAUUCUAAUACAAUUGACAGAUUAAGGUCAUUGAAUAUUUUUAAAGAGUAUGGGGGAGAAUGUCUGAGAAUGUCCUUAAAAAAAAUAAUAAAUAUUGAUAACACUGACAUAUAUCUAAAUAUACGUCGGCAAAAGCAGUUGCCCGGUCACGGGAUAUUUUAUAUUAAAAUCCAAGUUAAUUGAAUGAAAAAAUUCAACGUGAUAAAAAAUAAUAAUAAUAAUAGUUAUAAAUAAAUAGAAUACACUAAAUAUUAGUGUAAUAAAUAUAAAAAUGAAUAAUUAAAAAAAAGUAUUUGCAAUUGAGAUUUUUUUUUAUCGACGUGAAAAAAUUUUUUCAAGAUUAAUAAUUUAAAUAAAGACAAAUCAGCAUUGAAAUAAUUAUUAGCAGUAAAAUAAAUUUAACUUUCAUUUUUUAUGCUUUUUUUUUUUUCUUUAUUAAUAAGAAAAAUAAGAUCGUAUUUAAAUUAUUAAUUGUUUGAAGUCCGCAAUCAAAGGACUUACGGUUUAAGUGUAAAAUCUAUUUGUACAAAUUAUUUAAUAGUAUAUAUAUUUUUUUUUUAAUACAUUUUUUUGUAUGUAUGAUUUUAACUAACUAUAAAUACUAUGCAAUUUAUUUAGUAAUUAUUUUUUAAACAAAAUUUGCAUCAAUUGAUAACCGGCAAAAUUGAUAUUUUUAUUUAUUGUAUACAAAGACAAGGAUUUUUUGGCGCAAAAAUUUUUUACUCGCCCGUAGAAAAUUUUUACUUGCCCCAAGAAAUCUUUUUUCUUUGUAUAUUACGAUCAAAUUUGUAUAGUUAAAAUAUUUGUUAUCCAGAAAGUAGUUGACUUUUUUUUUUUUAAUCUGACCAAUAAUUAAAUGCUACAAACAAUUUAGAUCAAUAAAUGAUAUUUUGAAUUUAGCGCUCUUGGUUUGUUUAAACAAGUACCAAAAAAGUAUUAAUAUAUUUCAUACAGUAAUGAAUAAAGUUUAAUAUUAAAUAAUUAAGAUAAUAAAAAUUUGAUAUUAAUCUUUUUCAUUGAAAUUUUUUUUCUUUUGUAUUAAAAAAAAAUUAAAACUAAACUAUAAAAUUGAAAUAAUUACGAAACUAAGAUUACACGCACAAAAAUAAUUUUUACAUUAGGUAAUAUCGAUAAUUAAAGUCUAAUCAUGUAUAAUCGGGAUUCGCAUUAUAACAAAAUAUAAUAAAUAAUAUAGGAAUUAAACGAAAAAUGUGUUGGUAGAUAGAAAAAAAUAUAUAAAUACUGGAGAUCAAAUUACUUUGGAAAUAAUUAAUAUUAAUUUUUUAAUAAACGUAAUCGAGCUUAAUGACGACAACAAAAGUAAAAAAAAUUCAUGUUUCGGUACAAAUUAAUUUCUUUAGUUAUUUUAUAAAUUUCAUGUGAUUUGAUCAGCAGUAAUACAAUAAAUAUAUCGUGAUUUAUAUUAACUAGUAGAAUUGCAUGAUGACAAACAAUAGAUCAACCCGUUCCAUAUUUAUUUUAAAAAUUAUUUGCCCGAGUGCACCUGAAUCCCGAUAGAUUAUUUUAUUUUUAAAAUUACAAUUUAAAAAAAAAUGUUUUUACAUAAAUUUUGUUUUUUUUUUAUAACAAAUGAUUGAAUACUUAAUAAGUUAAAAUUAUGUUGAAUAAUUAAAAAAAAUAUAACUUUUGUAAUUAGUGCAAUUAAUAAUUAUUAUUUAUUAUUGAUAAUAAAAAAAAAUAAUAAUAAUAAUUAAAAAUGAAUUAUGUUUAGUAAACUGUGAUAUUUGCGUGAAUGUAUGUGUGUUUUGUGUAUAUAUGUAAUUUUUAAUUUAACUUUAAUCAAUCAGGUUUAUUUUUAAAUAUUAAUUUUAAUAUUUUCAUUAUUUAUUAAUAUAAAAAAAAACAUUUAACUCACAGAUUAUCAUAUUACUAGUAGUAAUUUAUAACGAUAAAAUAAAAAACGGCUUGAAUAUUGUGGUAGUUUGCAAUCGUAACAAUUUCUUUUUUUGUACUUUUUAAUUAUUAAGUCAAUAAAUUUUUUUAUUUCUUUAAUUUUAAUAAAUAGCGACACUAAUAUCAACAAUUCAUUUUAUUAUUAAUUAAUUUUAAGUAGUAUAUGUAUAUAUUUAUACAUAUAAAUAUGAUUUUGUAUUAUUUAUAAUUAAUAAUGUAUGAUGACAAAAUAAAAUGUUACAUAUUGUAUGGCCUAAAUAAUUACAAUCUAUAA